AUGGCUACGACUGCCUCUCAGCGCCCGCUCAAGCGCGUCGCACGGCCUCAUCUCUCGACGGUGCCAUCACCGCAGCAGGCGCCUCUGGCAAGGACCGCAUCGACGUCCAAGGCCAAGACCGGCUCUCUCAAGCGCACGCGCUCGCUCGAGCAGACCAAUGACCGUGGAUCUCUUAAACGCCAAAAGGCGAUAGCGCCCUCUCCGGCCCGUUCGCCCGCCCGGCGAGCGCCACCUGCUGAGCGCGAGGAGGAGAAGGAGAUUAAGAAGGAAAUAAAGCGAGCAGAGAGGGAGAACUUCAAGGAGAAGUACUCAAAGGCGUUCCCCAAGUUCGCGUUCUACAUCCACGCCGACGUCAUGGAAGACGACCCGGAGGCCGCUCAGGGUUUGGUAUCUAGGAUUCAGUACUUGGGUGGCCAUAUCGAGGACUUCUUCUCUCGCGAUGGCGUCACGCACUUUAUCACGAACGAGCUACCUGAAGACGGUACUGUGCUCUCGAACAAGGAGAACCGCCGCUCUCGUUCCCGGAAUGGACCCCUCUUACAAAGUCCCAUCCACCUUAACGGAACGCAAGAAGAAGCGACCCAGUCCGCCGGCGCCACUUCGCUCGUGAGCAAGGCUCACGCAUGGAACAUGAAGAUCUGGAGUGUCGCAAAGCUCGAGAGUGUACUCGACCGCUGCGACGUACCCCAGUUCCCCUCUGACCGUCACGCACCACGCAAUGCUCAGGCGGCAGGCGGCCGCUCCCUCAUGUCUCUCGUCGAGCAUGAACGUCUCUACGGUGCCGUGGACAGCUCGUCUCGGAACCCGGACAUGCACUUCUUCUCCAGAGACUCGUGCUUCGUGUUGGUCGAAGACAUGACGUCGCAGUUGGCCACCAUCCACGCUGCGGAGUUUCCCUGUCGGUGGACAAGAGAUGGUCCUACGGGUGGCACCUGGCCGAAACUGUACGCUCACCCCGAAGUUCGCAACCCAUUCACGGAGCCGAACGAGCGUGAGUUCCGGCGGUGGCGACGCGAUCUGGAGCAAGACAAGCAGAAGAAGGACGAGCAUGAACGCGAGCAGUUGCAGGCUCUUGAACGUGAACGUCGGCGUGCCGCCGAGGCAGAGCGACUGCAGCAGGCGCAACAGGCGGGUGACCUCCGACGUUCGGCUUCGAUGAUGAACCUCCGCAGACGCGCCAUAUCCAACGCUAGCGAGCGAGCGCCGGGCGAAUCCAUGUUCGACACUCCCGAGAUGCUCGAGUCGGCCAAUGCGUCGGGGUACCUGCGCUCGCAGUAUGCCGCUGCAUCCGGUAACAGCGUCGCCAUCACCAGUACGACGGGCACCACAACGUCCGCUGGGAACUCGUUGCUGCGUAGCGCACAGCUUCCAGCGGCACUUCGUGGCAAGGAGGUCAACACUACCAUGAAAGCCAACGGGCGCGUGAAGAGCAUGAUGGGUCCACCGCCCGAUCCGCCCCAGAAGGCGUUGAGGAAGAGCAAGAGUACGACUACCAUGCGGUUGCCGAAACGCGAGGAGGGUGCGAAACCAGGGUACUGCGAGAAUUGCCGCAAGAAGUACGAUGACUUUGAGACGCACAUCAACUCCAAGCGGCAUCUCAACUUCGCCAUGGACGACAAGCACUUCGAGGCCUUGGACAUGGUUCUCUCGCGCAUCUCGCGCCCUAUGCGUCGAGAUUAUAUCGCGCAACAUUACCCGCAAACCGAAGAGCUGCAGGAGUACGACCAAGACCCUGCCACGCCCAGUGAGGCGCACGUCGACCGUCAACUUCGCUCAUCGAGUCAACCCGUCUCCGACUACCUCCCUCAGCCUCAACCCUACGUCUUCGCGGGCGAACUCGAGUAUGACGACCAGGAUGGUCUUGACGUACAGGUCCAGAUGGAAGGUCUUGAGGCUUGA